CUGGGAAGGUCCCCUUUCUUGUUGAGCCUGGGAGGUACCUGUCUACCUCACCUUCUCAAAGCUGUCGUCCUGUGAACCAAAGCAGCAACGACGCGCCUCAAAAAUCGUCAUAACCCCCGACGAUCCAUCAACGACCGCCCCUUCUCUCCGCCUUCCAAGUUCCACCCCCAAUUCCAUCAUCAAUUUCUUCUUCGCCCAAGUUGCGCAACCUUUUCAACGCUGUCGCCUUCGCAUCAAACGUUCUGACAUCAUAUCGAUAAAACUCAACCAUUCCGACUAUAAACCAAUUGUCGCAAAGAUGGCUACCGACUACAGCUCGUUGAAGGUCCCGGAGCUCAAGAAGCUCCUCCAGGAAAGAAGCCUUCCCGCAACGGGCAAUAAGCUCGACCUGGUCAAUCGCCUCAAGGAGAACGACGCGCAAUCCGCGCCCGCCGCCGCAGAGGAGGACGAAAUCGAUUAUAGUGACGACGACGAGCCCGCACCUACCAAGGCCGCCGAAGCACCCAAGCCCGCCGCCGAAGCUGCCCCGGCUGCCGAGGAAUCUAAGCCUGCCGCUGUUUCUGCUGCAGCUGAGCCUGCCGCCCCCGCCACCGAAGCCGCCCCCGAGGCUGCGCCGGCGGCUGAGACGACCGCGGAAGAGGAGAAGAAGACAGAGGAGACUGCAGAGGCUGCCGAGACUGCGCCAAAGGAAAACUUUGCUCUCAACCUGGAUUCGACUGAUGCCGCAGCGGAAGCCAAGAAGCGCGCCGACCGCGCCAAGCGAUUCGGCAUCGACGAGGACGAGGAGGCCAAGAAGAAGGCUGACCGCGCAAAGAAGUUUGGCGUCGAGGUUGGCAGCGUCGCAGGUCUUGACUCUGCGCUCCCCGAGAGACGUCCCAAGCGCGGCCGUCCUGAGCGCUCCGAUGAGCAGCCCGGACGCGAUGCCAAGCGACAGAGCACCGACGGUCGUGGACCUCGCGGUCGCGGCGGCAGGAACAACAGAAAUGGAGGACGCCCUGAAGGCGGCCGCCGCCAAGGUGGUGGUCGCGAGGGCGGCGGCGAUCGCGAUACCAGGCGUAGCGCAGCUGUCGACCCUGCCGAGAAGGCGAGAUUGGAGGCGAGAGCGAAGCGCUUUGCCAACUAAGUACUUGAAGUUGCUGCUCGUUCGAAUGGCGAGAGCCCCGGAGGAUGGGGCCUGUAUACUAUGCCCGGGAAGAGGUGGCUGGCGUUUCGGUCUACGACAGAUGAUUGGGAGACGCAAACCAGGCAUGCGAUUAAAAACAACGCACGUCUUUGGUCUAGGAAAGGCGGAGACGAUUCAAAACGAGAUGGCAUCGACAGCACGAGUCAUCUCAAACAAGAUAUUUUUGACAGUAAUGGAAUAGAGCUAAAAGUCUUUUGGUGUUCCCCAUAUUUCCAGUCCCCCGUGAGCACUACGGACGUCGACUAUCUAUG